AUGGCUGGGUUGGAUUCAUCCUGUCCCCGGUGUCAUCAUCAUCAAGAAUCAGUGGUUCAUGUUUUGUUUGAGUGCCCUUUUGCCAUUAUUGUAUGGAGACACACAAGUAUCCCCAUCAAUCUAUCUUCCAUCCCACCAAAGUCAGCAUCUGAUUGGAUUAAGUCCAUCCUAAAUCCUGUGAGUCUCCUUGGUCUCUGCCCAUCAGUUGGCCCAUCCUUCUCCCUAUUAGCUGCAAUCACGUGUGACCGCAUCUGGUGGAGUAGAAACAAACUGAUCUUUGAUGACUUGUUCGACCCUCCUAAUCGGCUGGCUGCUGACAUCAAUAGAUCUUUCAAGUCUCAUUCUGAUGCUUUGCUAUCCAUAUCCCCCACCACUGCCUCUCAAUGGCACCCCCCACCAAUAGGUUGGAUCAAAUUCAACUUCGACGCUGCCAUUAGACCAAAUGCGACCUUCAUCUCUGUUGUUGGCCGUGAUCCUAAUGGUAUGAUUAUCUCAGUUUGUACAGCAAAGGAACCUUCUCAAUCCCCGGUUUGGGGCGAAGCCAAAGCUGCCCUCCUUGCCAUGUCCACAACAAUAAAUCUUGGUUACAAGUUUGUGAUCUUUGAAGGCGAUGCCAAGGUUGUCAUUGACUCUAUAGUUUGCCCAUCUUCCGAUCCACCAUGGGAAAUCUCUUCCAUUAUCUCAGACAUCCGCAACCUUUUUCCUUACUUUUCAGUUGCAAAAUUUUCCUUUUGUUAUCGUUCUUGUAAUGAGCUUGCUCAUCAUUUAGCCCGUUGGGCGUGUAUUUCUCUAAAUUGGGGACCCCAACCCAUCUCUUCCAUCCCUCCAUGGGUUUUUUGUAAGGAAGUUGAUGGACCGGUUCCCCAAUUGUUGUAUUUGCCUUUUUAG